GGGUAAGAGUUUUGUGUAGUUAUCUUUUAUAAAUUGUGCCCAGGACACCGGGGGCGCUGAAAACUUGCUGCGCACUCAGGGUGCCGAGCCGCGAUCCCAAGGAGGUGAGAGUUUCUUUAAAAAGCAGCGAUCCGCUCGGGGAUUGGGACAGAAUGUCCGACAAUCAGGAGUCUGAUGCCGAGGAGUUAUGGAACACCCUGGAUAACUACAGGGCAAGACUCACCUCAGUGAUCGAGCCCAGCCGGAUUACACCCUACCUCCGCCAGUGCAAGGUCCUCAAUCAUGAAGACGAGGAACAGAUCUUCAACGACCCCAACCUCGUCAUCCGAAGGCGGAAAGUGGGCAUGCUGCUCGACAUUCUCCAGCGGACUGGCCGCAAGGGUUACAUCGCCUUUCUGGAGAGCCUGGAGCUUUACUAUCCCGACCUUUACAGGAAGAUUACAGGAGAGGACCCCGCUCGCACUUUCUCCGUUAUCCUAGAUGCUGGAGGGGAGUCGAGCCUGACCCAGCUGCUGAUGGCCGAAGUGCAGAAGCAGCAGCAGGCGGUGAUCCAGAGCAAUCGGCGGGUUCAGGAGCUGACCGCCGAGCUGAAGAGCAAGGAGGACAACAUCAGGCAGAUGCAGGUGAAGCUGAGCGAGCUGCACAAGCACCAGGAGCGGUUUUGGAAGAUGCGGGAGGAGCGCAACAACUACAGUGAGGAGCUGAGAAUGUGCAAGGAGGAGAACUACAAAUGGGCAAAGGACUUCGCAAUGCAGAGUGAGGAGAAGAACAAGGCCAUGAUGAGGAACAGAGACCUGCAGCUGGAGAUCGAGAAACUGAAGCACAGUCUAAUGCUGGCGGAGGACGGGUACAAGGUGGAAAGGACUCACACCAUUAAACUCCGGCACGCCAUGGAGCAGAGACCAAAGCAGGAACUUAUCUGGGAGCUCAGGCGUGAGAACGACCUACUGAAGGCAAAGUUGCAGGAGCUGGUCUGUCCUGUGCAGGCUGACGAUGUCGAUAAAAGUAAGAUAUACAUCCAGAUUCUGGAAGAUGACCGGAGGACGGCACUGGAAGAACAUCAAGAAUUUGUCAACAGCAUUUACAGUUUACGUAAAGAGCUUCAGGAUGUGGCAGAGUUACGAGACAAGUACCUGGAAGAGAAGGAGGUAUUCGAGCUGAAGUGUGUAACACUGCGGAAAGAUUCCCAGAUGUACAAGGAUCGCAUUGAAGCAAUCUUGCUCCAAAUGCAAGAAGUGGUGACAGAGAGGGAUCAGGCUCUGAAGUCGAGGGAGGAGAUCCACAAGCUGCACACGCAGACCUUGCAGCAGAAGGACGAUUAUCGGAAGCUGAUCCGUGAGCAGGGCGAAAGAUGCGACGAGCUGCAGAUUGAACUGUUCCGGCAAGAGGAGCAACUCCUGAACCUGCAGGCCAAACUCAAGAAGGUCAAACAGCUGCCAGACAGUUCGAUCACCCCCACCGGAAUCCCGGAUUCAGAACAGGACUUGGCUGAAUGCUGUUGGACACAGAGCACAGAGAAUCUGAAGGACACUAGCACCGAGCAGUUCCCAGAAACGCUGAAAUAUUCUGGCGUAAAGAGCCUGCUGUCCACUAAAGACCAGCUGAAAGUGAAGUCCAGCAGGCUGAGAAUGAAGAAAAGCUUUGAAGACUACAGAAGGAAGCGGGCAAUCCGACUGAACAAGCAGGUGAAUGAUGGGGCGAAGGAGAACAUGACAGCCAGUGAGACCACAGACUCCGACUACUCCGAAGGUGAAGGAGGAGGCAAAAGUGACGAAGGGAGAUGAUCCAGUCAUCCGACGGGGGCUGAAACUCCCGGAUUGAUGCUCAUUCCACACCACCGCCAUCAUGGAGACAGCGCACCUGUGAUUUACUGACGCUAGCCAUGGUUCACUGGCUCACAGCUUCACUCUCUCCUCCACGCGGGCCAGCUGAUUGUGGGAUUGAGUGUGAAUGCAGUGUCCUAGCUGACCCUCUCAAGGCCAUGCUACAGGGAGUCUGUCGUUCGGUACAACCGUCUACUCUUUCGGAUUUGGUGAAUAACCCCCGAGCUACUGUUUGGAAGGAUGAGCAGAACUUCUGGGUGUUCUGGUGAAUACAACUCACAACUGAGACAGGUCAUCUGGUCGCUAUUCUUACAGUACCUCUCUAUCCAGGCUCUCUUUACUGAGGCAGUGAGGAGAUUAUGGUUUCUGAUAAAUACUUUCUUAAUGUUAUUAUCAGCGGAAAAGACUCUAUUACAAUGUCUCUGCUCUAAUCCUUUGUACCAGAAUCUCUCUGUGUGUCUUCAUCUGUCUUCAUUCUUCUUUCCAGCAUUUUUACUGGAUCUGUGUCACAGUCCCUCAUUUAUCACAGCUCUUCUUUUUCUCCAUCUCUCUCCCUUGCUCUCUCUAUCUCUUUCUGCUCUCUCCUUCUCUCCCUCCCUCUCUCCUUUUCUCUCCCUCCCUCUCCCUCCCCCUCUCUCUCUCCUCUCUCCUUCUCUCCCUCCCUCUCUCCCUCUCUCUCCCUCCCUCUCCUUCCCCCUCUCUCUCUCUCCUCUCUUCUUCUCUCUCCCUCUCCCUCCCUCUCUCCUCUUUUGUCUCCUGUUCUUUCUGUCUCUCCCCAGCUCUAAGCAUCUGCCCCUUUGUCAUAGUGGCAGCAUCCAAUUGACCCAAACUUGCAUAAAUCAGCACAAUGUCUCCUUUUAUUGUGAGGGGGUCCUGCAAGAGUAAGCUGUGUCAGUGACUGCCUUUAUCAUUAUAUUUUCUGGUGGGCUUCCGUACAAUAGCCAAAUAAAAUUGCAUACUCAGUGUUAAGGUCUG